AUGGCGGCGGCCGCGCCGAGGGACCCGCCUCAGACUCCCAUGACUACAGAAGUGCUUAUGGACUGUACAAAGGGCUGUGUGACCUUUGAGGACGUGGCCAUUUACUUCUCGCAGGAGGAGUGGGGGCUCCUUGAUGAGGCUCAGAGAUGCCUGUACCACAAGGUGAUGCUGGAGAACUUUUUACUUACAGCCUCAAUGGCUACAAACAGAGUCUUGUUUACCACCCAAGAGUCUCUACUAGGAAAAGGGUUUAUGAGUCUAGCAAAUAUGGGAAAGCCUUGCGCAGUAAGUACUCACUUGUUCAGCUCCAGAGAGUCCACACUGGAGAAAGGCCUUACGAGUGCAGUGAAUGUGGAAAAUCUUUUAGACAAAGAGCCACCCUCAUUAUACACCAGAGAGUUCACACUGGAGAAAGGCCUUAUAAAUGUGGUGAGUGUGGAAAAUCCUUUAACACCAGAGAGUUCACACUAG